CUGAGGGGUGCUGGGACCCAGUUCGGAGAAUAGGGGCAGGAAAUGAUCGACAAGAAGUUGAGCCUAUGGAGUCAGGUCAGGGUGGACCUCGGAACUAACUUCUUGAAAAGGACAUGGAAUGGGUGUUUGGUCGGUUGCUAAGGAGAGGUUGGCGCUACCGGGACGUGAGAGUGAUUGGUGAAAGUAAGAAAAGAUGUAGCCAAUGAAAGGAGAGCUGCUAGACUUAGAGGCCUAUCAGUAAAGGGGAGUAUCCUGGGAUGUACCAAUGUAUUAAUUAGACAGGGGGAGUCUCUGAAGAAAAUGUAGACAAGAGGCUGACAUGAUGAAGCUUGGAAGGGAAGACAUUGGACAUAUAGCUUCUAUUAGCUCCUAGAAGUUAAGCUAUGAGAAAAUCAAUUCAAGCUUCUAGCCUUGAUGGGAUAUGAUAGGAAAUUUCCCCUGCAGGUUCUUUGCAUGGUGCGCUCCGCCUGAUCACGUGAGCCGGUUCCAAGAUGGCGGCAGGGGCGGCCGGGUGGGGGGUUGAGGCAGAGGAGUUCGAGGAUGCCCCUGAUGUGGAGCCGCUGGAGCCCACACUUAGCAACAUCAUCGAGCAGCGCAGUCUUAAGUGGAUCUUCGUUGGGGGCAAAGGUGGCGUUGGCAAGACAACCUGCAGCUGCAGCCUAGCAGUCCAGCUGUCCAAGGGGCGGGAGAGUGUUCUGAUCAUCUCCACUGACCCAGCCCACAACAUCUCCGAUGCAUUUGACCAGAAGUUCUCCAAGGUGCCUACCAAGGUCAAAGGCUAUGACAACCUCUUUGCCAUGGAGAUUGACCCCAGCCUGGGCGUGGCGGAGCUGCCGGAUGAAUUCUUUGAAGAGGAUAACAUGCUGAGCAUGGGCAAGAAGAUGAUGCAAGAAGCUAUGAGCGCAUUCCCAGGCAUCGACGAGGCCAUGAGCUACGCAGAGGUGAUGAGGCUGGUGAAGGGCAUGAACUUCUCCGUGGUGGUGUUCGACACGGCGCCCACAGGCCACACGCUGAGGCUGCUCAACUUCCCCACCAUCGUCGAGCGGGGGCUUGGUCGCCUCAUGCAGAUCAAGAACCAGAUCAGCCCCUUCAUCUCACAGAUGUGCAACAUGCUGGGCCUCGGCGACAUGAACGCAGACCAGCUGGCCUCCAAGCUGGAGGAGACGCUGCCUGUCAUCCGUUCCGUCAGCGAGCAGUUCAAGGACCCUGAGCAAACAACCUUCAUCUGUGUAUGCAUCGCGGAGUUCCUGUCCCUGUAUGAAACCGAACGGCUGAUCCAGGAGCUGGCCAAGUGCAAGAUUGACACACACAACAUCAUCGUCAACCAGCUCGUCUUCCCUGACCCUGAGAAGCCCUGCAAGAUGUGUGAGGCCCGCCACAAGAUCCAAGCCAAGUACCUGGACCAGAUGGAGGACCUAUAUGAAGACUUCCACAUUGUGAAGCUGCCGCUGCUGCCCCAUGAGGUUCGGGGAGCAGACAAAGUCAAUACCUUCUCUGCUCUCCUCCUGGAGCCCUACAAGCCCCCCAGCGCGCAGUAGCACCUCCACCAGCCCCAGCUGCCAUUUCACACCCACCCGCCACCCUCCGGGGCAGAGUUUGCACAAAGUUCCCCCCCUAAUACAGGGGAACCACUUGGGGGAUGGGAGGCGGGGAGGGGGUCUUUUCCCCCUGGUGGGGCUGGGGGAGCUAUAGCUGCCCCCCACCUCUCCCCACCUCUCCUCCCUCAAUAAAAUGAUCUUAAACUUC